AAACGCCGACGUGUUUAGCAAUUUUAAUCGGCAGUGGUGGGGUUCGAGCGUUAACAUGCAUCGGGCAGUUUACGCUUUCUAAUCGCCGCGUUCGGUCGUGCAAACAAAAUGUCUUACGAAAAACUUUACGAGCGGCUUUCCGCUCACGGCCAAGACCAUCUCCUGAAGUACUGGCCGGAAUUGAGUAAAAAAGAGCGGGAACAACUAACAUCCGAAAUAGACAAUUUGGAUUUGGCGGAAGUGAAUCAGAUUUUCGAACGCGCUGUGGAAUCUUCGAAAAUUAUUUUGGAGAAGUUGGAUGACGAUUUGAAGCCCAUUCCACAGACGCAUUAUGAGGCCGUACCUUCUCUUACUAGAGAGAAGAUUGAAGAGUACGAAAACAUUGGUUUCAAAGAGAUUUCUGAGGGGAAAGUCGGUGUUUUGCUGCUCGCUGGAGGACAAGCGACGAGGCUCGGCUUCGGGCACCCUAAAGGUAUGUUCAAUGUCGGCUUACCAUCGAAAAAAACCUUGUUCCAAAUUCAAGCUGAAAGAAUUUUGAGAGUGCAGCAAAUGGCCGCAGAGAAAUAUGGCAAAGAAGGCCGAAUUACUUGGUACAUCAUGACCUCACAACACACUAAAGGACCUACUGCAGAUUACUUCAAAUCUCAUUCCUACUUUGGACUCAACGAGGAUGAUAUAGUAUUCUUUGUCCAAGGAACAUUACCAUGCUUUGAUUUUGACGGUAAAAUAUUUUUGGAUGAAAAACACCAUUUAUCAUCAGCCCCUGAUGGUAACGGAGGGCUUUACAGGGCCUUAAAAGUCCAAGGAAUCCUUGAUGAUAUCGCCAAGAGAGGAGUGGAACACUUACACGCACAUUCUGUAGACAAUAUCUUAAUAAAAGUUGCGGAUCCAGUGUUCAUUGGCUAUUGUAAAACUAAAAACGCAGACUGCGCUGCAAAAGUAGUACAAAAAUCUUCUCCUAGUGAGCCUGUGGGGGUCGUCUGCAGAGUGAACGGACACUACAAGGUUGUGGAGUACUCUGAACUUACUGAAGAAGCUGCGGAAAGACGGAACCCAGAUGGACGGUUGACGUUCUGCGCUGGCAACAUCUGUAAUCAUUACUUCUCCUCCGAAUUCCUUACAAAAAUCUGCAAUUUCGAAUCUAAACUCAAACUCCACAUUGCUAAGAAGAAAAUACCAUACGUAGAUGAGAACGGAGUCCGUCAGAAACCAUCAGAACCGAAUGGUAUUAAGAUGGAAAAGUUCAUUUUCGACGUUUUCGAGUUCGCUGAGAACUUCAUUUGUCUAGAAGUAGCAAGGGAUGUGGAGUUCUCCGCUUUGAAGAAUGCUGACUCAGCGAAGAAGGAUUGCCCGUCCAAUCGCCAGGGAAGAUCUUGUCGGCUUCAUAGGAAAUAUAUAAGAGAGGCUGGUGGCAUAAUUGCUGAUAAUAUUGAUGUUGAGAUCUCUCCAUUGUUAUCUUAUGGUGGAGAGAACAUUGAGGAGUUGGUGAAGGAUGAGGUCUUCACCAUAUCCCCCUUCCAUUUAAAGAGCAUGCAUGAAGCUGCCACCAAUGGGCUUAAUGGUAACCAUUAGCGUUUUUAUAAAUUACUAUCGGUCAAAAUUCAAGUUAGUAUAUGAAAUACAUGAAAUUAUGAAUGAAUUGAUUGUAUUGAAAUUUCAGAAUUGUGGAAGCAAUAACAUUUUGUUUUUUAAGAAUUAUUGGAAGCAAUAGCUUUUUAUUUACGAAUCAAUUUAAAAAAAUAUAUAGAUUAAACCUUGAAAUACUAGAGUAUUUUAAACAAGGGAAGAUAAAUAUUGAUUUGAAAAAAUGAAAAUUUUUGUGUCAAAAAGACUAAAAAAAAUUUCAUUUUGGUUUUCAUUAUUUAAAUUCUAUUUUUUUCUUUGUUUUUUUUUAUAACUGAAGUAAAAGCGAAAUUUAUCAUUCAAAAUGUUUUUUCGUACAUUUCUUUAAAGAUAAAAAAGCAAUAAAAGCCACAAGCUGUAGCUAGUCAUUGAAACUAAUAUAUUCUUCAAAUUUCUAUUGUACAAAAAUACUUAAAACAAAAAAUUAUUCAGAGCUGAAUUAAGGUUGGCUCAAGGGGGGUCAAACCCCAUUCUGUGUUUAAAAUCACAACUAGAUUAUAUGUUGAUUUGGUGUACAUUUAUUCCUUUUGCUUACUCAAAGUACUAUAAAAUGGCGGGAAACAUUAUUUUCAAAGUAAUACACAAGGAAACAGACAAGUGUACAUAAAGUUUGUUUUUUAAGAUUAUAACAGUAUUUGGUUAAUAGAUUGCAGUAGCGCUGUUAAUUUGUUCUAUAAUUUCAAUUCAUUUUUUUCUAUUUUUCUAUCUGAUACUAAUAUUGUCAUUAUUUAUGUUUCACACAAAAUUGGGAAAUGUCCAAUGUAAAUUCUUAGCUAUAAGCUAUAAUACUUUUUGUGAAUAUUUCGGCCUCUGUAUUGUUAAGGGCGUUUGCGAAAUUAAAUAUUAAAUUGUAUAUAUGAAUAUAUGUAUAUAGUUCGUUUUAAAAGAGUUUCGUACGUGAAAAGCUGAAGAAGUUUUACGUAAAAAAUAUAAACGAUUUUUGGUAAAUUUAUUUAAUAAGUCAACAUAAUUGAUUUGAUUUUUCCCCCAAUAAAGUUUCUUAAUCCACCCCUGUUAAAUCUAGCUAAAAUAAUACCUAAUUAUCAGUAAAAAUCUAUAUUUGUUUGCAUGAAAACUUUACAAGGCCACAUUUAAAUGAAAUAUCUCUUACCUUGAAACAAACCUACUACAAAGGUUUUAGCAGUUAGCUUUUAAUAUACGAAACAUCACAAUAUUAGAUUUAAUUAUUCCAUUUGUUAAGCGAUCUCAGAGUUGAGCAUUUUUUUCAUUAAUUCAUAAGUUAAAGCAUCGCCUAAUAAAUUUACAAUUCGUUUGAAAUCUUAUCAGUGUAUUAGCUGUGGAAAUCAGUGUCGCGAAGUUUUCCCGCGUAAAUCGCGACCAACUAGAUUUUUUACAACCACGACCCAUCAACAGUAAUCGUUAUAUUUCAGUCAAUUUACAUAAAACCGUAAUGUUACCUAAACCUUCAUCAAGAAUUGCACUAUCUUUUAGUAAAAACCGUACAAAAAUCCGUUUUGUAUAUUUUGAAAAAAUCGAUCAUAUACAGACAGCUUUUGGGGACUUUGUUUUAUAAUAUGUAUAGAUUUUUCAGUAAUAAUAUUUUUAGCCAAUUAUGUGGUUUUGGUAUGGUACUUCAACUAAAUUCAAAAUACAGUAAAUUCAUUUGAAUUUUUUUCUUUGUUCACUGUAAUUUGGUCUUUCAUGGUAAAUGAAAAAUUCAGCAUGUAUUUAAAGAAAUAUGUAAAAUAAUUUUUCAAUUGCAUUUUUACGUAGGUGAGGCUUAUUAUUAUAAAUAUCAGCUUUCUUGCAGCUCUUAUGUUAUCAUACUGCCCUUUGGGCUUAGUGAUAGACUACUUUUUUAAUUAUAUUUUUUUAUAAACCUGGCAAAAACAACUUUACGACCAUUUGAAUUACAAAUGCCUAUAUAAUGCGAAAUUGUAAAUACAAUUCUAAUUUUAAAUAAAAUAUGAAGUAGUUUAGUUGUAAAGAGGUGUGAUUGAUUAAAAAUCCCAUGGUAUAAAAUACGGGAACAUAGCCCGCGCAUUCAAAAUGACUUGCUAUCUUUUUUCAUACAUUGCCCGUUUACUUAUUCCAUAAAAAAGCAAAAAGGUUAUAAGUUGCUAAAUAAAAUGACCCAAAAUGCUGGAACGAAAUUUUUUAUUUGAUUGCGCGGGUUUUUUUGUGAAAUAAUUCCAAAAUUAUGUAAAUAUGCAAUAAUAUAUUUAGGAAAAAUGAAAUAAUGUGACAAUACGAAAAUUGUAAAAUUAUAUUAGAAAUGUCAUCGGUGUAAAAAUGCCUCUGUAUUUAUUGGCGAAGAUUUGGCGGGAAAUGCAUCACAGACUGCGUAAUGUACGAUUUCAUAGUGCAGUAUUUUGUUUUUUUUUUAUUUACGUUUGAUGCAAUGGCACUGGAAAAUACUUAUACAUUUCUCGUUUAAUAUUUUAAAUCAUUCAGUGGCCAAUGCAUCACGUUAUUAAUUUAGAUUUUCAUUCUUAUCUCAAGAAUAAUGAUUGGCAAUAAAUAACGUAUCAUAUUAGUAAGAUAAUACGUUUUUUCAAUGUUUAUAAAAUAAUUUCCCGCGUACCUGGCUGAUUCAUUCAUUCAUAACGAACGAAUGAUUGUGUGGUUGCAUCAUUAUUUAAAUUAAGAACAUAUUUUUUUGUUUUCAUUAUUCUUGAGAGGUUUAUUAUUAUAAUGAUUUAAUCGUCUCUAAUGACAACUUUUGGGUAUUUAACUUUGUACGGACAGACCUAGAGAGUAGAGACCAUUUUUUUGCUUUAAAACUGCUUUGCGUAUUAUUUCGUACUUAAAGAAUUUAUGUAUAAAUGUUCCUUAUAAUAAAUGAUUAUUUUUAAAGUUA